AUGUCCCUAUUCUCCUCCGCUCUCAACUAUUACAAUUGCGUUUUCCGUGGCUUGUACUUGAGCACGAUAGGAAUGCGUCUGAUCGCAGAGCUGUGGAUCGGUUUUUAUCUCGAUCCGAUCAUAAACUUACAUUCCAACGACACUCGGCCCGACACGCCUCACUGCAAAACAGCUGACCGAUCCACGAUUAUCGAUCAAUCGACAAGGCCAAAUCGCUCUGCUCUGAUGAGAUGUGAGUGCGAAUGGGGAAUAUUCUACGAGCAAACAGAAUGA